ACCAGAAAGACAUACCUGACUAAUUGAGAUUGAACUUUGGCAGGAAGCUUUUCGUUUUGUGUAAGACAUUCAUGGUUUGAUGUGUAUGGUAAAGAAAACUCCCAAGCCAUAAGUGAUGGUCAUUUAUUAUGGCAAGCUGACGGAGAUGUUCCGGGUUUCGAACUAUCAACUUUAUAAUGCAUAUGCAUGGUCCAAACUGUUCUCACGACAAAGUGGACAAAAACAAUGGAGGCUAUGGAUAUGUUUCAGCUGCUCAAGAUCCUAACAUGUAUCCUAACCAAGGCUAUGUCGGUCCUGGAUAUGCACUUGGGAACUGUAAUCAAGUCUCGCAUCCCAGGCCUCCAGUCGAUAAUUAAUAAAAGUAUUGCUGAACUAGAGGCGGAAUUGAGUCGUUUUGGCAAGCCUGUUGCUUUUGAUGGUGGAGGUAAACUGUACCUGAUUAUGGAGAUUUGUCAUCUUUAUGAUGGAAUUUACAAAGAACAUCUUGACGGCAUGUAUGUAGCUGGUAGAUUGGAAUGUAGCUGGUGUUACUUUCUGGUAGAUUGGAAUGUAGCUGCCCCUGCCCCACAUGUGAGAACGACGUUCUUUGUCGUAUGUGAACCAGGGACACAACACAUGGAUGCUCUACUUGAUAUCAUUUAUGAAGUAUUGGCUAAGUUCAUCGUCAUCGGAGGAGCUUAUCGUUUUGUUGUUUAA